AUGGCCAUCGUUUUCUUGAGCUUACCUCCUGAAGUUCGGCAGAUCAUUUACCAAUAUGCUCCUAUACAUAGGAAGGACUAUGUAUUCCUACAAAAUCUUUUCGAUAGCCCACCGCGCGGUGCUCAAAUCAUAGGCGAGGGCAUAUUGGAGACAUUGGAUAAGAACGCGCAAUGCAGCAAUGAAAACGAUGGGCUCAAUCUAGGCUUCCUCUCGACAUGCAAGCAGAUCUACCGUGAGGCUAUCCACUAUCUUUACAACAGCUGCAACUUUCGAUCCGAUCCCCGAUACUCAGCAUCAAGUCCUACGGCUGCAGUUCGUAUGCUCAUUGAGGCGCCUGCCCGCUUCGAUUUGAUGAGGCAUGUGACUUACGGAAACACAUCGAUCUUCGGGGCUUUUGAUUACGGUCACCUGCCUAAAGAAUGUCGAGAUAGCAUUCAACGAUUUUGCCAGGCUAUUCGAGACCGUAAUAUGCAUCUCAAGACAUUCACAAUGAAAAUGGGAAUACUUGCUCCUGUUUCGGAUGUGGCGGAACCACUUUCAAAAAUGAUUCAGGACGGCUUCAUCGAGGAAUUGAUCAUUCAUGUGAAGGAAAUGCCUAACAUCUUCCAAGUGGCUGCUUGGAAGCAUCUGUUUACCUGGAAUCGGCUACCGAAGGACUGUGAAUUAUUGAAGGUCCCCAAAAAGAUUGACGAUUUCGAAGUCUACAAGCUAAAGCUAGCCAAGAAAUGA